AUGGGAGACCAUGAGGAUAUCAAAUCUCCUGUAUAUGUGCACACAACGAAGAAGCAGUUAGGUAGAAAGAGUUUGAUGUACAAUGUAGAGACCAAAGAGAUUGUCGAUAACACUGAGCCGGUCAGUGGUAGUGCCGAUUUUUCGAAUUUGGUGAUUAAUAAAGUCAACUCUGAAAUAAUGAUUGACAAAGUGAAUGUCACACCAAUCAUCGUUCACACAAUUUCGUUCACCAAUGACGCGAAACUGAAUGUCAUCCACAAAACUGCAAAUGACUUAUAUGAGUUCGACGCUUAUUUCAGAAGUUCCUUUCCAACGUCGAAUUUCCCAACGUUUCCAAAACGGCAAAUGUCGUAUCCGAUGAGAGACACUGCUCUCUGUGAGUACUUGCAAGAGUUUUUGAAUGUCAGUGGCGUAUGUGAGUCGGAGUUUUUCAAACAGUGGUUAACGUCUAUCUUAUCAACAAGACUGAUUUCUAUUAAACGACCGACUUUCUCUGGUGAUUUAAAGAAAGAGGGAUAUGUCAUUAAAAGAUGGGUAUUGAGGUAUGUCAUUGUCAAACACAACUUUCUUAUAUACUUUGUCUCCGAGAAGGAAUUUUCCAAAUUGACUCUUCCAACGGUGUUGAAUUUGGCUCGAGCAACUGUUAAAGUCGUUGAUAGCGCACAACGGACGUUUUCUAUUACACUGUCUUCAGGGUCUCAGUACCAUUUCAAAAGCUCGACGAAAGAGUUGUUAAAUGAAUGGAUAGUAGUCCUUGAAAGUGCAGCACAAUUUACUAAUAGAACGCCAAGAAGAAGAAGACAAACGAGUGUCUGUGAGAAGCCGACAGAAGACACUCCACCUGUUGUGCCACUUUUAACUUUGAGUAAUCAAUUUCUGGAUGGUUCUUCUGAGACUGAUAUACCAGAAGAAGCAGAAAAAACAGGACAAACACAUAAAGAUAAUGCAGAUGUCUAUCAACUCUGUAAGAAGUUGGAAACUUUUGAACUUUUGGACGCAAUACAGUUGAAUCAGAUUGUCGUGGAACUGAAGAAACAAAGCAAAGAACACCCGGAAGAUAACCAACUCCUUAGACUUCUCCGACUUGUGUCGAUGUAUGAGAUACACAAAUCCACUCGAUCACAAAGCACAUCGCGACAGCAGUCACAAAACAGUAGCAGAAAACAAAGUCUGACUCCUUUGGAUUUGUCGGUCUCUUCACUCACAGAACGACCACCAACUCCAUUCACACCACGAAGUCUUGUUGUGUGUAGGAUAUGUGAGGCAAAAGUGAUGGUGGACGCGCUCGCGAAACACACGUAUUACUGUAAGACGUUGAAUGAGAUUUGUAUGAAGUACUCCACCGACGCAGAACGACUGAAAGGGAUAUCCGAAGAAGCUAAAAGAGUCUUUGGAUUGAAGAAGACGAGUGCGUUCAAUAGAAUCAUCGACGUGUGUGCAGAUGCAUCACGAGUGAUGUUGGAAUCGCUCACGAAGCAAUACGAACACCUCAAACUCUAUAUUAGUGUGGCUGCAGAUUUGGUUGAGUCGAAUCGAGGAGAUAACUGUGCCUUUGUGUUCGCGUUUUACACACAAAAGUUGAUUCAACACAAAACUGAUAUAUUGGGCAAAUUUCUUGAGAACCCGACGAACAUGCGGCAGCGAUUUAAUGUGUUGAAUGCCGGCGUUCGGUUGGAUGAGAGUUGGGAGACGGUCGGGUUGAACGAUUUCAACAUUUUGAAACAGUUCAAUGGAGGGGCGUAUUCCUCGGUGUAUUUAGUUCGUAAGAGAGUGACGAAUGAUGUCUACGCGAUGAAAGUGAUGAAGAAAGCGGAUAUGAUACGGAAGAAUGUAGUCGAUGGGGUUUUAGCUGAGAAAAGUAUAUUAGAGUAUGCAUCGGCGCGGAGUGUAGUUAAACUGUUUUAUGCGUUUCAAGACGUUUUGAAUUUGUAUCUUGUCAUGGAGUUUUGUCCUGGGGGAGACUUACGGUGUUUGUUAAGUCACGUUGGCGCAUUAGAUGAAACCACGUCUAAAAUCUACUCUGGAGAGAUUGUUAUAGCACUUGAGUAUAUCCAUGGGUUGGGGUGUAUUCAUAGAGAUUUGAAACCAGACAACGUGUUGAUUGACAAAAACGGCCAUCUUUUGUUGACGGACUUUGGGUUGUCGAAGGUUGGAAGCAAAAUACAACAAACGUAUGAAGACUCGAGACUGUUGUGUACACCAGACUAUGUUGCUCCUGAGUCAAUAGUAUCAUUCCAAUAUAGUAGAUGUUCCGAUUAUUUCAGUCUUGGGUGUAUGGUGUAUGAGUUUGUUGUUGGAAUACCUCCAUUCCAUGACGAGACGCCAGACGGGAUCUUCAAGAAGGUUCGGAUGGGGAAAUUUGAUUACCCUGAAGACAUCAAAAGUGUGUUGUCUGAAAAGAUGAAAGACUUUGUGAGCAGUUUACUUCGCGUUGAACCGGAACUUAGGCUGGGGUAUCUUUCUGUUAAUCAGUUAAAGAACCACCCUUGGUUUGAAGGUAUUAAUUGGAACACUUUACUCAGUGAAAGCAGAGAAGACAUUUUUGUCCCAGAACUUGAUGACGAGACAGACACGGGGUACUUUGAUGUUGGUGAUUUGGCUGUUCCAAAAGAUGGCGAUGAGUUGAAAAAGAAAGUGUUUAAUUCUCCUGGGAUCAAAAUAGACCAAAGCGAGAAGUUCAAGAAGUUCAACUGCACAAAUGUGCACCACUUGGUUGAGGAGAAUUUGAGUCUUGUUGAAAAUUCAACAACAGCAGACAACAGUGUAGACCCGCAGACUUCUGACAGUAGUCAAGAGAGUGAAGAUUUGAAUGAGAAAGUCGAGCUUGACUCUGAGUGA